GUUAAAUUUCCUGAAAGCCUUACUGGAUGUAAGACAAAGGCGGGGUAUAAAACGAAAAUAAAAGUAUGCUGAGUUAGAGAGGUCAUUCUAUCUUACUCUCUGCACUCAAGACUGCUCCUGUCUGCUGACAGAAACAGAUUGGAGCCAUGGCUUUGGAACACAACCAGUCAACAGAUUACUAUUAUGAGGAAAAUGAAAUGAAUGACACUCAUGACUAUAGUCAGUAUGAAGUGAUCUGUAUAAAAGAAGAGGUCAGAAAAUUUGCAAAAGUUUUCCUGCCUGCCUUCUUCACAAUAGCUUUCAUCAUUGGACUUGCAGGCAAUUCUAUAAUAGUGGCGAUUUAUGCCCAUUACAAAAAGAGGCGAACCAAAACAGAUGUGUACAUCCUGAAUUUGGCAGUGGCAGAUUUACUCCUUCUAUUCACUCUGCCUUUUUGGGCAGUUAAUGCAGUUCAUGGGUGGGUUUUAGGGAAAAUCAUGUGCAAAGUCACUUCAGCCUUGUACACGGUCAACUUUGUCUCUGGAAUGCAGUUUCUGGCUUGUAUCAGCAUAGACAGAUAUUGGGCAGUAACUAAAGCUCCCAGUCAAUCGGGAGUGCAAAAACAAUGCUGGCUCAUCUGUUCCUGUGUCUGGAUGGCUGCCAUCUUGCUGAGUAUACCUCAGCUGGUUUUUUAUACAGUAAAUCACAAGGCUAGGUGCAUUCCCAUCUUUCCAUACCACCUAGGAACAUCAAUGAAAGCAUCAGUUCAAAUGCUGGAAAUCUGCGUUGGAUUUGUAAUACCCUUUCUUAUUAUGGCAGUGUGCUACUUCAUCACGGCAAAGACGCUCAUCAAGAUGCCAAACACUACAAAAUCUCGGCCCCUCAAAAUUCUGCUCACAGUGGUCAUAGUUUUCCUUGUCACUCAGCUGCCUUAUAACAUUGUCAAGUUCUGCCAAGCCAUAGAUAUCAUCUACUCCCUGAUCACCAACUGCGACAUGAGCAAACGUAUGGAUGUUGCCAUCCAAAUCACAGAGAGCAUUGCACUCUUUCACAGCUGCCUCAACCCGGUCCUGUAUGUUUUUAUGGGAAACUCUUUUAAAAUCUACAUCAUGAAAGUUGCCAAGAAAUAUGGGUCCUGGAGAAGACAAAGACAAAAUGUGGAGGAGAUUCCUUUCGAUUCUGAAGAUGCUACAGAGCCAACCAGUACUUUCAGCAUUUAAAUAUAAAACUGCUCUGUCUCUUGCUUUGAUACACAUGAAUGAGGUUUCUCCCUCAGAUCAAACAUCUGCAUUUCUCUGAAAUUCAAAUCUCAAACACUGUGGUGGCAACUUAUAACAAAGAAGAGGUUAGGGUGGGGAAGGGGAGUGAGGUAGAAGCCAAGAAAAAGAGGAAACAAAAAAUAAAUGCAUAAAACAUGGAAAUUAAAAUUAACAAUAUAGGAAAAUAGUAGUAACAGUCAUACAUAAGAAAAACACUAUAAGUUAGGUCAUCUAAAACAGAUUAUUAAAGAAAUUUAAAUUAAGGGGCAUUUAUAAUUAUUUUAAAUUAUCUAAAUUUUAAUGUAAGAACAAUUUCCCUGCAUAAUUUUAGUACUUGAAUAACUAUGCAGCAAAAUUCAAUGUCUUUUUCUUUUUCUUGUUUCUUAAUUUGUAAGAGAUUUCAUAAAACUCCAGAAAGAAUAACAAUUGGCAAUCAAAAAAAAAAAAAGCAAAAACAAAAACAAAAAGCUUUUCUGGCUAUUAUAAUAUAUUACUGGUAAGUUUCUAAACAUGUAAUUUGCUUUUAUGAUGUCAACUUUCUUUAGUAAUAAGCUGGUUAUCCUGUUAGACUUAUCAUUUAUACUCUAGAAGCAAUCCUCAGACAAUCACAUUUAUCUAGGUUUCAAUUUUUAUAACUGCCUGAAGGGCUCAUCCAUUUACGUGAGUCAAUUACUGAGGGUUGACUAAAUAAUAUAUUUUCCUAUGUCUAAAGACUCUUUUUUUUUGGCGGUAUGCGGGCCUCUCACUGUUGUGGCCUCUCCCGUUGCGGAGCACAGGCUCCGGACGCGCAGGCUCAGCGGCCAUGGCUCACGGGCCCAGCCGCUCCGCGGCACGUGGGAUCUUCCCAGACCGGGGCACGAACCCGUGUCCCCUGCAUCGGCAGGCGGACUCUCAACCACUGCGCCACCAGGGAAGCCCCAAGACUCUUAUUUUUCACUUAAAUACUUGUAUUUUUAAACAAUGAAAAUAUGUACCACAAUAAAUUAUUUUUAAUAAUAUGGGCUGCUUAUCUCUUUAAAAACAAUUAUAUAUGAAUUAUUAUAGUCCAUGUAAUAUGCCCCUAUUAAAAUUUUUGAUAUAAAUGACAAUGGUCAAAAAUAGUGUGCACUAAUAUAAAUUUUUUCUCUCACAAACUGUAAAAAAAAAGACGUUUUCUGCUCUUAAAUAAACAUUGCCCAAUCAAGACAUUGUUUUAAAAUUACUUUUCUUUUUAUCAACUAUUUCUAAAUUUGAAAAUGCUUUCAAAGACAGAAUUUAAAGAACUGUGGUCAUGAAAUGAAUAACUAUGUAUCUUAUUAUUCUAGCA